AUGACCAGCAUAGCAGCCAUACUUGAGACACAGAAGAGUUUAGAAUCUGCCCUGGAGAAAAGGAUGAAAGAUUUUGAGGCCCAGCUUAAGUUGUCCUCAUCUGAAAAGGAUAUCAGGAUACCACAGCUGCAUGAGGACUUCAAAUCCUUCAAAGAUCUAGUCUGGAAUGUACUCACUCUGCUGAGGCAGCAGAUAGGCGAAAUAUUGAAGUCUUUGGACUAUCAUGAAGCGAGGUACCGGAGUAAAUUUCUAUUGCUCUGUGGUGUUCCAGAGAAGCCGGAUGAAGAUUUAUGUGUUACAGUAGCAACACUCUUACAAAGACACAUGGAAAUUAAGGAUUUUCAGUCUUCAUCAAUAAGAUCUUGCUACCGUCUCGGUUCUUUCACUAAAGGACGCAAUAGGCCUGUCGUUAUUCGUUUUGUCAAUUAUGAUUUGCGUUCUUUAGCUUGGAAAUGCAAGACAAAACUUAAAGGCACCUCCUUGGUGGUAAGGGAGUUCCUCACCAAGACAAGACAGGCCUUGUUCUAUGCUGCCCGCGAUCAUUGUGGUAUUGCAAAUGCGUGGACAAGCGAUGGUAACGUCUUUGUUAAAACACCAAAUGGGAAUCGAGUUAAGAUCGGGUGCAGCGAAGAAUUAUCUGCAGUAAUGAAGCAGUUCCCCAGUGCGACAUCGGCAGGAGAAGCAGAGGGUGUCGUCGCUGCUGUUGAAUCCGCUACGUUGACGUCUAGGACAGCAUCAACUAGACUCAAAAGGCCCACUAAGUCUGCUAAAUAA